UGAACCCGGAAGUGUGUCGUGUCACCACGUGAUCUACUCCCAUAGUGCACCAGGCAGUUGGGUGACGUCAUCUUAGGUUUCCUCAUCGUUUUUGGGAGUCGAGUCGACUGAGAAGUAGCCGUAAAGAUGUCGUACGCGUACCUUUUCAAGUACAUCAUUAUAGGCGAUACAGGUGUGGGAAAAUCCUGCCUACUGUUGCAGUUCACAGACAAACGUUUCCAGCCUGUUCAUGAUCUCACAAUAGGUGUCGAGUUCGGAGCACGGAUGAUCACGAUUGACGGCAAGCAGAUCAAGCUACAGAUCUGGGACACGGCUGGGCAAGAGUCAUUCCGUUCCAUCACACGAUCGUACUACCGAGGUGCGGCAGGCGCGCUUCUCGUCUACGACAUCACAAGGCGGGACACAUUCAACCACUUGACCACCUGGCUGGAGGAUGCCCGCCAGCACUCCAACUCCAACAUGGUCAUCAUGCUCAUCGGCAACAAGAGUGACCUGGAGAGCAGACGUGAGGUUAAGAAGGAAGAGGGCGAGGCUUUUGCACGGGAACACGGGCUGAUCUUCAUGGAAACUUCUGCUAAAACUGCUGCCAAUGUAGAGGAGGCUUUCAUCAACACAGCCAAGGAGAUCUAUGAGAAGAUUCAGGAAGGUGUCUUUGAUAUCAACAACGAGGCCAAUGGUAUCAAGAUUGGGCCACAACAUUCCCCAUCAAACCCAGCUCUGGGUGGGGGUGGCGGUGCAGGAGGGAGCCAAGCUGGCGGUGGCUGCUGCUAAAAACUCAUCAUCACGCCCCUCCCCUCUGCCAUCAUGCCUCCCCUAUAAAGUGUAUGGUACAAUCCAAUCAGCAUACUCAGAUACCCCUGUAGAAUUUCCAUUGCAUCCAUUUUAUCUCCUGUAUGUAUGAUAUAAUCUGAUGUGACCUCUACUCUCAGUAACAAGAGAAAAUUACUGUAAGGCAUCAUAUUGUUGCAGUGAACAUCUUACACCAGAAACUCAAAUGUUGUAGGUUAAUCUAGGCAAUACCUGGAAGAUAGAGAAGAUACAAUCUUGCUAAAAAAAAAAACUACAUAUUAACAGGAAAAUAUGAUGAUUUACAGUAUUUAAAACCUGAUAACUCUCAAUGCUUCACUCUCCUUCUCAGUCUACUUUCACUUUAAAGGAAUCAAAGCUUAAGUAAGGAUACCAGACUUAAGUAUUUAGUAAGUAAGGUGGCUUUCUUUUGAUACUAACCUACCCUAACCUUUAUCUCAUGCAAACAUGAGUGGAAAUGUAGACAGGAGAUAUGAUUUUCUUCAGAACAAAGCUACUUCUAAUGUUAGGUAUUAUGUAACCUGUAUCUGUGGGGGACCCUUUCAGUCUGUGUGGGAUUUAAGGUGGAUGAACACUGAACCUGAACUUGUAUAUGUCGAAGGUUGUGCCCCUGGAUAACUGCAAUCUCGGUAGGUAAAACCUGGGAAAACAUGGAAAAUAAGACUUUGUUAACCUUUUCCUAAGAAGAUUGUUGUAGAUUUUGUGCAAAGUGUAUUAGAGGUGGGACGUAUGUUUAUUGCAAGGUCUUUAUUGUAAGUUAUACGAUGUAGUAUGUGCUCGGCAUGAAGUUAUGAAGGGAUUCUUUCCAGAAAACAAACUAUGCUGUUAGAACGUCAUGUUAUACAGAUAUUUGUAUGAAUGUGAUGACGGAGUCAGCUUUUUUUGUGGUAGAGCAACUUCCCGUCAGAGGUUCCCUCAACCCUGAAAUUUUAUGUGAUACUAUUAUCAAAAAUCUUAUCAGUACCAUGUAAAUCAACUAAUAUUAUAUUAUAUAUAUAUAUAAAUGAUAUGUGAACGUGAAUGAACUAUCACUGGCUCUGGUAGCGCCAUUAGAUCAGCAAGUAUACACUCAGGCUUUUCACUGAUAUCAUGAUAGCGGCCAUAUUGGAGCACAGCAGCAACAUGUUGGCAUCUGUAACAGAUGUACAGUUUACUCCAAUAUGGUGCAAUGAUGGUGAAUACAUGGAAAGCCUGUAUUCUUACCUUUGGUAGGAAGCCAACUGCACUGAUUUGUUUAUUGCUGUCAGAGAGGUGUUGUUUCAAUUAAGUGGUCUCUUUAUGUAGUUAGGUUUCUGUGUGCUUGUAGGUCACCAGCAAAACUUAUCUCAACUUUUUGGCCAAAACUUUUGAUUUGCAGUGUUCUUAGUCUGGUGGUGGGGAAGCAUUUUCUUGCAGAAAGAAUAAUUGCAUGUUAUAAAGGUGUCAUCUUUUCCUGUCUGUUGUAAGUUGUGAGUGGUAUUCAAAGUCUACACACAGUAUUUCUGAUGUACAGUAUACAAGUCCUGAAAGGCACAUAUCUAUAUGCCAAAUGCACAUACUGGGAACUAUACACCUGCUGAUGUCCAGGCCACCAAAGUAGUUCCUAUCAGACUCUUUGUGUCUGGCUAAUAAUUGGCAGAAUUUACAUGAAACAGCAUUUGGCUGGCUGGUAGGGUUUGUGUAAGUAGGGAAGUGUGCAUGGGAAGGCAGACUACCUUUUGUUCAGCAUACUUCCUUUUAUACAUACCCUACUGUCUGGACAGACUCUGUCAUGCCAGGCUGGACUAGUUGUUAGCCAGUAACAUAGGGUGGCAGAUAGAUCGUGCUUUAAUUUUUCAAGCAUUGACAAUGCACAUGUGUUUCUCUCCUACAAGUAAGCUAUGAAGGAUUUAAAGGACAAGUAAUGUGUAGCUUUCCUGUUUCAAACACCAACGAAAUGCUGCCUGUAUGGUCGUCUGUAUACAGUAUACUCCAGCAAAUACUCCUGAACCAGGUUUUCAAAACAAGCAGUCAACAGGUAAAAAAAAUACAUAGCAGCUGACUGAAAAGAUGUUUGUCCCAUUUUUGCACCUGCUGUAUUAAAUGUGAUAGUUCCUGUAGAAA